GUACCGGAGGAAGCAUUGAAGCAUGAAAAAUACACCAGCCAACUUCAGAUGAAUUUAAAGACUUCCAUGAAUAUGAGGACAGAACAUCUUAAAGAACAAUCUUCUCAUGUAGACCCGUCGCCAGGGAAACAGGAUAAGGUGGAGAAGAAACCCCCCAGUGAGCCCUCAAUAUAUCGAACACCGCUCUAUGGGCAGCCAUCUUGGUGGGGAGAUGAUGAUGCAAAUAACAUGCAUGACAAACAUGAGGAGAGGAGGCCGGAAAGAUCAUUUUUCAGACCGACCAAAGGGAAUACCCCCACAUGAAGAAGAAAUGAAUUGUAAUGUGGGGUACAGAGACACCUCAGACCAAUCACUCUAUUCAUUUAGGAGAGAACCAAGCUAUUUUGAAAUUCCCACAAAGGACUUCCAGCAACCAGCCAAAACACCAGAGGCCCAAGUCCAUGAAAUCCCGACCAAGGACACCGAUACUGUGACCCCUCCAGUCAUGCAGAGUCAUGCCUCUUUUACCAUUGAGUUUGAUGAUUGUCGGCCAGGAAAAAUCAAGAUUAAAGACCAUGUCACAAAGUUCUCCAUGAGACAGAGGAGAGCAGGGAAGGAAACCACUCCAGCAGAGAUGGUGUCUGUAGAAAGUAAAGUGGCUGAUUGGUUGGUUCAGAAUGACCCAAGCUUAAUUAGAAGGCCAUCACCCGGAGAAGAUGUAUACAGUACCAAGAGUGACCUUCCCAUCCACAACAGAACACUCAAAGGUAACCGACAUGAAGAUGGUACACAAAGCGAUUCAGAAGAUCAGCCUGUAGCAGUCCCUGAAAAAGAGUCUGUACCUGCCUCAGCUGAUCAGGGAAAACUUCAGCGCCAGAUUAAACGGGAACCAGAAGAGCUGUUGCACAACCAGCAGGCAUUUGUUAUAGAAUUCUUUGACGAUGACGCCCCACGAAAAAAGAGGUCUCAGUCCUUUACACAUACUGCGAAUGCUGCUCAAACUGAUGCCGACUCCAAGGGGAAAAAUGGGGAUAAACGGAAAGCAACAUUACCACCAGAGAAGCCAAAUAUAAAUGGGACAUCUCCACCACCAUCCCUUACCAAACCACUGGCAAACACCUCUUCCUUUCCUCAAAGAUCCAACUCUUUCAGAAGAGAAAAGACUGAUGACCGAAUAAAUACUUCCACCCCGAUAACAGCAAAGCCUCCUUCGAAAAACUUUGGAAGCAUUGGCAAGAAAUCCAAGUUGGCUCAAGAAUACUCCAGUGAGCUUCUGCGUGAAGAAGCAGCAGAAGCAGCCAAAAAGAUAGCUGAACCACCUAUGAGCCUACCUUUGUCAUCUGGGAUCAUGCAACAAACCACCAACCCAAUGGAGUCUACCAGUGUUGUACCUUCUGUGCCUCUAGAACCUGAUAACAGACCAGUGAGAGACAAGAAGAAUGAAGAAGAGGACAGCUUGAGUGAUGCUGGGACAUAUACAAUUGAAACUGAGAAUCAAGAUAAAGAGGUUGAAGAAGCUCGGAAAAGAAUUGAUGAGGUGUUUGGAAUCUUUGAUCCAGAGGAGUAUUCCAUGAUCUCCUCAACAGUGUACAGACCGAUCAUUAAUUUGGAAAAAGAAGAAUCCUCUAUGAAAGACAGCAGUGUGAAUCAUAAGUCUAUGAUGCUGUCAAUAACUCAGACUUCAAAAGCAUUUAAUGGUUCUCAGGCUGAUGGCCAGGCCACAAAAUCAUCUGGCUCUAAUGCCAAAAGUGGACAGAAAUGGGUUUCACGAUGGGCAAGCCUUGCUGACAGCUACCCUGAUGCCUCUCCAACGUCUCCUUUAGAAGGUCAAAAGCUGGAAUUAACUGUAGAUAAUGGUCAUAAUACUGACCUUGCAGAAAUUCUUGGUGAUGGAGAUACCUCAUUCCCAUCAAGGACAAGGAGACUCCUUCCUCAGCUCCCUCCCAAUGACAAAUCUGAAAGUCCUACACCUAUUAUUUUGGUGCGGACAGAGUGCAUUUCUGAAGUUCCCAAAAAGAUUGCAGUAGAGGGUGAUGAGAAAACUUCUCCAGCAGAGCAAAACAGUUUAUUGAACAUACAGGAAGAUUUGGAUCCAGAUAGCCUAAGUGAUGCUAGCAAGUCCGAUGAUGGUGUCUUAUCUAGUAGAAAGUCUAAUCCAUCACCUAACGCAUCUAGAAGUGUUUGGAGGAGAGAUGAUUUUAGUAGUCAUGAACAAAGUGUUCAUAAAACGUGUAAAGCACCUACUGAAUUGAAAUCUACUUCCUUUUAUGUAGGUAGUGAUAACGAAAUAGGACGUUUACCACACGCAAAUGCUGCACUACCUGUUGUAGACAUGCAAAAAGAUUAUAAAGCUUAUGAUGUCCAAGUGAAACUAAAGGAUAACCAGCAGCAACCUCCAGAGCCUACGAAUGCUGAAGGAAUAGGUAACCAGCUGUUGAAGACAGAUAAUGGAUCUUCGGGGGAAUCCGUUUCAUUUGUCCGACAGGAAAGCUUUACCAAAGAGAAAUCCAGCAGUAAUGUAUCCCCUACUAAGCUUCCACAUAUCUCAACCCAUCCCUUGCUUAAAGAUCUCAAUGUUACAAAGUCCACCACUGACUACAGCCAAGAGACCCGUCAGAUUCUCAAGGAGACUGAGACUGCUUUAGCAGCUCUAGAAGCCAAGCUUUUUUCUCAAAAUCAUCUUGAGGGCAUUGACAGUGUUCAGUGUCCACCAGAUGAUUCCUUAUCUGGAGAUUCGGAUGUGGAUACUGCCAGCACUGUAAGUUUGGUUAGUGAUAAGAAUGUGCCAAGUCAUCCUCAAAAAAAUAGAGUUGUAGGCCUUCAUAAGGAAAAGUCCUCUUCUGCUUCUUCUAUACAAGAUCAUUACAGCCAACCCACUGCUCGGGAGAGACUCUCUGAAAAACGGAGGACUGGUGGUGCUGAUGUAGGGACCAGGAGAGAUGCCACCAAGCGAUUUGAAAUGAAGCGCAGCACUGGACCCCGUGGUUCACUUGACUUUACAGAUGAAGAACGAAGCUCCAGUCUUCCUUAUAUACCAACCGAUACUGUAUCCUCAGACUAUGAACAUUCUUCAUCAAGGAAUCUCUCAAGAAGGAGACCUUAUGCUCAGUCAGCCAAGGAAGAUACAAACAGAACUUCAUCAAAUGCACAAAAGGUUCAGCAGGCACUCACCAGGUCAAACAGCCUAUCAACUCCUAGGCCUACACGAGCUUCUAAAUUACGGCGGGCCCGACUAGGUGAAGCUUCUGACAAUGAAAGCGCUGAUGCUGAAAGAUUGAACAGUCCAGAAGUAUCUUCUGCAAACUCUUCCUCAGCCAAAAGCUCUUCUGAAUCCAAAAAACUUUCCAGGCUUGAUAUCCUGGCAAUGCCAAGAAAGCGGACUGGCUCUUUCAAUGUUCCAAGUGACUCUGAAGUUUCUUCUCCAAGGACAGGCUUUUCAGGACGUAGCACAGACCAGGGUUAUACAAGUCGUAAACCUGCUAUGGCAGAGGUCAAACAACCCAUCAAGAAACCUGUAGCACCUGUACCCAAACAACCUUUAACAAGAGCACGAUCAGGUAGUGUCAAGUACUCUUCCAUAUCCUCAUCAAGACGGAGGCAGCAGGGUUCAGAUUAUUUGUCUACAUCUGAGGAGGAAUAUGGCUCUAAUCACAGCACCCCUAAACACAAACGAUCCCAUGCUUCAACAGCCACUCAGACCCCCCGGGCCACUACCAGCGUUUCUCAAAGUCAAAGGCACAACCGGCUUCAGGAUGAUGAUGAUGAUGACCAGGAGGUGUACAACAACUUCAUGGCACAAUCUGUUGAAAUUGCAGAAAUAGCCAGGUUAAGUCAAACCCUGGUAAAAGAUGUAGCCAGCUUGGCUAAAGAGAUACAUGAAGUAGCUGGAGAUGGGGAUUCCCAGAGCUCCUCCGGGACAGGACACAGUACCUCUUUAAGCUCUGUGCCAAAUACACCGGCCUCCAUCAUUUCUGCGAGGGAAGAGGUAAGAUUGCAUUGUAUAAUAAAAACAAAAAGUCACCAGUUGGUCCAUCAUAUCCCAGAGGCAGGUCUAAAUUAUCAAAAAGUCCCACCAGGCUCCACAGGAAUAGAAUUUGAUCAGAACAUGAAUGACAGUCGAGAGGAUGAUCCUUUAAAAAGGAGAGCAAGAAACAGAGAGGAGGUAAUAUUUGACAACCUCAUGCUGAAUCCUGUAUCGCAGCUGUCACAUACAAUAUGCGCAAACACCGAGAUACUUACUGAAAAAAUGAAAAUUUUAUUUAAGAACAAAGAGAAAAGCUGGGAAGAUAUUGAGGCGAAAAUUAAUGCUGAAAAUGAAGUGCCAAUCCUCAAAACAUCUAACAAGGAGAUAAGCUCUAUUUUGAAAGAGUUGAGAAGAGUCCAAAAGCAGCUAGAAGUCAUAAAUGCCAUCAUUGACCCAGCAGGACAUCUAGAGGUCAUGACCAGCAACAAGAAAGCCUCACCAGCCCUUCAGUCUUCAAUGCCCCAAAUCAGGACUAACAGUUCUCUUUUAGGAAUGGAGUCCAACCAACCCGUCCAUGUCAGAAACUACUUACAAAAGUCCAGCUCUGGAUCUUCACGAUCUCCAGAAUCCAGCUUUGGUAGAGAUGAGGAUGGAGCUUAUAUUGUCUGA